AUGGCCGCCCUCCUCUCCGAGAUCUUCCGCUUCUUGUCGCUCUUCUUCAAGAGCAAGGAUGUGAUGAUCUUCAAUGGGCUGGUGGCCCUGGGCACCGUGGGCAGCCAGGAGCUCUUCUCUCUCUUCUCCGUGGUGGCCUUCCACUGCCCGUGUGCACCCGCCCGGAACUACCUGUAUGGGCUGACGGCCAUCGGGGUGCCCGCCUUGGUGCUCUUCCUCAUCAGCGUCAUCCUCAACAACCAAACCUGGGACCUGGUGACCGAGUGCCAAUACCGCAGGGCCAAGAACUGCUCGGCCGCCCCCACCUUCCUGCUCCUGAGCUCCAUCCUGGGCCGAGCUGCCUUGGCCCCCGUCACCUGGUCGGUCAUCUCCCUGCUGCGCGGGGAGGCCUACGUCUGCGCAUUCAGCGAGUUUGUGGACCCGACCUCGCUCACGGCUGGGAACGAGAGCUUCCCUCGCUUUCACGCCACACAGAUCCUGGCCAGGUUUCCUUGUGGGGAGAGCCCUGCCAAUCUGUCGGGCUUCCAGGAGGAGGUGAGCCGCAGGCUCAGGUAUGAGUAUCAGCUCUUCGGGUGGCUGCUCAUCGGCUCGGUGACCAUCCUGGUGUUCCUGACCAAGUGCCUCAAGCACUACUGCUCGCCGCUCAGCUACCGCCAGGAGGCCUACUGGGCCCGCUACCGCGCCAACGAGGACCAGCUCUUCCAGCACACGGCCGAGGCGCACUCACGCGUGCUGGCGGCCAGCAACGUGCAGCGCUUCUUCGGCUUCGUGGCGCUCAACAAGGAGGACGAGGAGCUGGUGGCCAAGUUCCCCGUGCAGGGCACACAGCCGCGGCCACAGUGGAAGGCCAUCACCGGCGUCUACCUGUACCGGGAGAACCUGGGCCUCCCCCUCUACAGCCGCCUGCACAAGUGGGCCCAGGGUCUGAGUGGGAAAGGCGCGGCCCCCGACAUGGAGGUGGCCCUGCUGGCCCCCUGAGGCCCCACCACCCCCUGCACUGCGUCUGGGGGUAGAGUGAGGUGAGAGGCCCAGGGUGUGGCCUCCUCCACCACCAGGAAGUCCCUGGUCACUCCCAGAUUGAGUGUCCCGAAAGCUUGGACCUGGCACCAGGGAAUGGAAUGUUUUAUUCCUGAAGCCCUGGGCUGCUGGCUGGCCUCAGCUGUGACUGACCCGGCCUGAGCAGGGAACCCGCAGGGAACCCCAGUGGGCAGGACCCUAGAGGAUUGCGGGGAGCAGGGAGGUGUGGGCGUGACAGAGGCCCUGUCCCCUCUCCUGUCCACUUCCCCAGAGCUGGCAGCCCUGCCCGAAGACAAAACUGGGGCUAUACCACGGGCCCACGCCCUGCAGCCCCCGGCAGGGAGACUGGCCCCAGGCUGCUCUUCGGGGAGGGUCCCCAGGGGAUACGUGUCCAGCUGUUCUGAAACAACCACACCCUGGCCCUGCUCCCAGGGGCUGCUCCCAGUUUCCCCUUCAGGAUGCCCGUCCUGGCCCCACCUUAUGGCCCUGACACAAGGGCCCAGGACCACGCUGGGCUGAGGCACCG